UGCGCGCGCCGCUGCGUCUCUGAACCGAUUCUGACUUUAUUUUCCCUUUAAAUCCUCAGUGAGAGCGCGCGCCCUGCACGCGCACGUGCAUGGGCUUGUCCGUUCCGACCGCGUCGCCGUGAGUGUUUGCGGGUUGUUGCGCUCCGGUUCCUCCCGCACGCCUCCGCUCGUCUCCAGCAUGGAUUUGGCGUGGAUUGCGGGCUUGAUGGUGAGCGCAUGCGCGUGGCUGGCUUCAGCGGAGCGGCACAGCGUCUACUGGAACAGCACCAACUCCAAGU